UGAUUCCCCGCUAGCACCAGGUGCAUCACCAACGGAGGAAGGGACCUGUAUGUAAACAAUACCGAUCUCUCCCCUGUCAGCUCCUGCACACUGCUUUGUAUGGCUCUGCAUAGCACAGCCAUAAAAAGCAGUGUGCUUACAGUGGAAAGCAUACACAGCAUACUGUCAAUCGGCAUCACAGUUAACCCUUUGUUCGCCCCACAUGUUAACCCCUUCCUGCCCAGUGCCAUUAGUACAGUGUCAGUGCUUUUUAUUAGCCCUGAUCACUGUAUUGGUGUCACUGGGGAUGUCAGUGACAGUCAAUCCCCCCCAGUGUCAGAAUGCCCACCACAGUCCCGCUAUAAGUCGCUG